UAUUCUUCUUUUAAUAGUAAUUAAAAUGAUAAUCAAGAUUAAUUAACCAUUAAUAUCUUCUUACAAUUUGAUUGUUAGAACCAUUUACUGAUUGACCGUGUAAACAACACCAUCUAAUUAAGUGAAAAAAAAGUUAACAGUAAACAUCCCCACUUGUUGGUCAAUUGGACUAUCUCUUUGUGUUGGUUGACACAUUUUGAGAAUAAUUUUAACAAUUGUUUUGAUUUUAAUGUCUUACAAUUGAUUUUUAUUGUAUUUAUUUUAUUCUAAUUAAGUUUUCAAUUGUAUUUUGUGAUUUUCUCUCUCAUAUUAUGUAUCCCUUGAUGAAUCCAGAUCCUGAGAUGGCUUCACCUUACCCACAGGCAUUUCAAUACUCACCUAACAAUACCCCAUCAUUGGCAUCUGAAAGUGCUAAUUACCAUUCAACUGGGGUUAAUUUACCAAAUCUAUUAAAUUUAACAUCAACUAACAUGAUGAUGGACACAAAUGACUAUGGAGAAUAUCGUGAUUCUAUGGGUUUAAUGUCAUCAGCAUCUUCUACUACCUCAUCUUCAUCAACUGCAUCUUCAUUACCUCAAUCACCUUUAUCCUCUGCCAAUAGUUACAUUUCAUCAUCUUCUUCAACAUCAUCAUUAAUAUCUGAACCUGGUUACACUUAUUGUAAACGAGAAAAAUUAACAGAGGAAAGAUUAACACUUAUCCGUCAACCCGCUGCCAAUCAUCGUGCUCGCUAUAAAACUGAAGGUUCUCGUGGUGCAAUUAAAGAUAAUACCGGUAAAGGAUUUCCAGUGAUUAGAUUAGAAGGUUAUAAUGGUUUUAAUACAAUUAAAUUAAUCUGUUUUAUUGGAGAUGAAAAUAAACUCGGUGAACCUCAUCCUAUUUAUAAAGUAUCAAAGGUAACCUCACGAACAGCAACUCCAUGUAAUUGUCGAGCAGUUAAUGGUGUUAAAGCACUUGAAUUUGAAUUGUCUCCUGAUAACGGGAUGGAAUUGGAAAUCAAUUGUAUUGGCAUUCUAAAGGAAAGGAUGUUCGAAGUCAAGAAAAGAUGUAAUCUCAUCUUUACCAAGUCACAUUCUUGCCGUUUAGUGUUUGCUUGUAUUAUCCCGGAAACCGGAACCUUAAUCAAAUUAGUCUCUGAUCCAAUUGUUUGCGUUCAAACUGUUGGAUCGCCCGAAAUUCACAUGACAUCAACCCGUAAAACGCCAUUGAAUGGAGGUAAAGAGAUUAUCAUUUUGGGCCGUAAUUUUACUCGAGAUGCGAUAAUUAAUUUGGAAACUAAUGGAACCAAAUUGGAGGUUUUACCGUUACAAGAAUUUCUAAAUUCAGCUCAUCUUGUCUUUCGAUCACCAUCAUUAAUCAAUCUAGCAAAUUAUCUUAAAUCUGAUUCUCUUGAAGUCGAACUGAAAGUAACUUGUGGAGAUAAAGUUUCCGAUUCAAUUAAAAUUUACUAUCAAAGGCCAACACUUUUAGAGACAUUUAAUCUGGACGAUUAAUUAGUCAACGAUUUUUCUGUCUUUUUUAUUUUUCAAUCUAUUCACCAAUUAUUUCAUAUUUUACUGUAAUUUUUAUUCAUUGAUAAAAUCAUAACUUAAUCUAAGUAAAGUUUUUCUUUCUUGAAAAAA